AUGGGCGAAUCCAAGACCACCAACGGCAAACCGAGCCCAACCCCCAACGGCAGCACCAGCACUCUCGACCCAACCGCUCUCCAGCUCCUACAGCUAAGCGGCCUGAUCCAGACAUGGGUCGCCAAGUACAUCGCCGCCACAACAUCCCCCAAGAAGGACCAGGACCAGGAUCAAGAAGAUACGCUCCCGUCCAAGGCGCUCUUCGACGCGCAGAGAACCCUGCUAGCGACCGCCGGCAUGCUCACCGAACUGGUCAGCGACCCGUCCAGCCGCAUCAUCGAAGUGGCGCUGCAGCAGUUUGAGGCCCGCGCGCUGCACCUGGCUGCUGCUGUGCGCGUGCCUGAUAUCUUGGCUGAGCGCGGGGAGAUGGGGAUUGAGGAGUUGUCGGUGCGGGUUGGGGUUGAGGGGAAGAAGUUGUCCCGCCUCCUACGCUGCCUCUGCUCCAUCCACCUCUUCUCCGAACCCCGCGAAGACGUCUUUGCCAACAACCGCAUCACCUCCGCACUAGUCGGCAACGACCCUUUGCGUGCCUACGUGCUCCUCGGCGGCCAGGACGUCUACACGGCGUCGGACAACAUGCUCCGCACGCUGCGACACCCCGUCAAGGGGCCUUCCUACGCGGUUGAUGUCACGCCCUUUCAGGAGGCUGUCGGGAGCACCGUGCCGCGUCGGACUUGGCUGGAGGAGAAGCCUACUGUUCGGGAGUUGCUUGAUGGUCGUGAUGGGCCGGAUGGGCCGAAUGGUCGGCUGUGCGGGUAUCCGGGGGGGUUUGGUGAUGAGAUUGGGGGGCUAGCGAAGAAGGUGGAGGCGGAGGAAAAUGAUGAUCAAGAGCGGGUGGCGAGGCCGGAGUUGGAACUGUUUGGGCUGGCGAUGGUUGGGGGUGGGGGGGUGUUUGGUCGGGCGCAUUUAUAUGAUUUUCCGUGGGCUUCGCUUGGAAAGGCUACCGUCAUGGAUGUUGGCGGGGGAAUGGGUGGCUUCUCCCUCGACCUCUCGCACCUCUACCCCAACCUGAACUUCGUCAUCCAAGACCGCGCGCCCCCGCGCGAGAACCCGACCGCCCUCGCCCAAAACCGCGUCCAGUUUCUCGAGCACGACUUUUUCUCCGAGGACCCCAACCCCAUCCGCAACGCGGACGUCUACUGGCUCCGCUACAUCAUCCACGACUGGUCCGACGAUUAUUGCGUGCGCAUCCUGCGGGGCCUGCGCGACGGCAUGGGCCCGCGCAGCCGUAUCCUUAUCUGUGAUCAAGUGAUGAACACUACGAGUGGGUGUGAUGAAUUGCCGUCGGCCCCGGAGCCGUUGCCAGCGAAUUGUGGGUAUUUCACGCGGUAUUCGCAUACGAGAGAUUUGUGUGUCAUGUCGAUUAUUAACGGGAUUGAGCGGAAGCCGACUGAGUUUCGGGAGUUGGUGGAGAGGGCGGGGUUGAGGUUGAAUCGAUUUUGGGAAUGUCGGAGCCAGGUUGGGUUGGUGGAGGUUGUGUUGCCGGAUUCGGAGCUUGUUAUUUGA